AUGAGGAAGGGUGAGGACCAGGGCUGCUGCGGGCCACUGGGCGCUGGCUGCUCCUGCUCGCCUCUCGGGGUGCGCUCAGCUCCAGCCCUGCUCCAGCUCUGCUCCAGCCCGACUCCAGCCCUGCUCCGGUCCUGCUCCGGUCCUGCUCCGGUCCUGCUCCAGCUCUCCUCCGCCACGCCUCUCUUGGAGCUCCGCGCCUUGACCCCCAGCUCGCGGCUUUCGGUACCUCUGUCCCUCGGCGUCCCGCACUCCCACGACCUCGCGCCCUCCCAAGUCCCUGUGCCCUCUCUUCUACCCCCACAACUCCGCCACAGCCCUCUGCCCUUUCUCUGGCCCUCUCCAUCUGUCCGUCAGUCGGUCUGUCUGUCCGCCUCCCCACCCUCCUUUUCCUUCCUCUGUCCCGCUUCUCUGGCUUGUUCCCUAGUUCGACUUGGCGGAGCAGCUUCGCAGGAAAAUCCCAGAAACCUUUGCAAAAAGCUUACAAUGAAAUUUAAGAAGUUCUACGAUUUCGGCGCCAUUUUCGAGUGGAGAGUUUUUCCAGGCUCGACGUUGGAAAAGUUUGGCUCGAAGGUGCGGAGGACGUGUACAUCGUGCGUUUUGGGUGUGGGGGCGCACGGCAUCUGCAACAUUAAAAGACAAAACGUCCUCAACUGCGAAGAGAGGAAGAGGCGUAUUCUUUGGCUCUUAAAUCAUUUGGCCAAACACGUCGCAGUUCUGAAGGGGGUGGGGCCAUGGCAACUCCAAAGUAUUGAUUCUUUGUCUAUUCUAUCAGUGAAUGACCCUCUCCAGAAGUGACCAGACGCCUCUUUGUGUUUUCCUUUCGGCGACCAUCGACGGGUUUUUUUCUUCUCCAUUAUUCAGUGUCUAUGUAAAAAUGACUUGUAAUAUAGCCAAGACAAGAUGGAAUUUAGAGACUCGUUCCAACUUAAGGAGUGGGGCUAUUAUUAUUAAUGACUUUAUUUAUCAUGACCUUAUGGGUUUAUUAUCAGUGCAUUUGUUAGCACUGGAUCACAAUCUGUUGUGUUAGGAAUUUUGUACUUAGUUUAAUUACAUACUCUGUAUAUUUAAUUAAUUAAUUGAUUGAUUUAUUAAUAGGACACAGCAUUCAUUGUACUAGUUUUGAGAAUGUUUUGUUUAAACAAAAGGAAAUGAAUGAAUGUAACUUUUUGCUCAAGUGUGUCCAUUUUGAGAAUCAAGAGCGGAGCAGUGCCGGCCAUUUCAAGACAUGAGUUUCGUGGAAGUGCUUGAGAAGGAGCAAUUCGACAUCAAGUAUUUAUAAAGUUCUUGAUUUGUGUUUGAUAAGUGACAUUGAUAAAUGUAAAUUAUUGAUGAAUAAGUUUGAGUAACCAGCAAUGUAUGAGAAUAUCUAGGAGUUUCAUCUAUAGAACGUUCUCAUGCUUUGUCUUCAAAAGUAACUAAUGACAAGGUGUUUACUGUAAGAACGGAGUUGAAGGAGAUGUCUGCUGUCUGCACAAACAAGGCUAUUCCAUGCCUAUAGUAUUCAGUAAAACCAACUGGAGCUACCCAGAGGGUUUUCUGAUUAUCAAAAGUUCCUUGCAUUGCUUUCCAAUAAAUGACCCAAAACUGGGGGCAAUAAAUGAGACUUAUGCAAUG